UGAGGUGCCCCCCACCGCCCACCCCGAGCCCCCUGCCCAGAGCACGAUGAACAAGCUGCCCUUCCACAACAACAGAGUCAUGCAGGACCGGCGCAGCGUGUGCAUCUUCCUCCCCAACGACGACUCCCUCAACAUCAUCAUCAACGUGAAGAUCUUGUGCCAAGAGUUACUGGUGCAGGUGUGUGACCUCCUGAGGCUGAAGGAUUGUCACCUCUUCGGGCUCAGCGUCAUCCAGAACAAUGAGCACGUGUACAUGGACCUGGCCCAGAAACUCUACAAGUACUGCCCCAAGGAGUGGAAGAAGGAGGCCAGCAAGGGGAUCGACCAGUUUGGCCCUCCCAUGAUCAUCCACUUCCGAGUGCAGUACUACGUGGAGAACGGGCGGCUCAUCAGUGACAGGACAGCUCGGUACUACUACUACUGGCACCUGAGGAAGCAGGUGCUGCACUCGCAGUGUGUGCUGAGGGAGGAGGCGUAUUUCCUGCUCACGGCCUUCGCCCUCCAAGCCGACCUGGGGGACUUCAAGAGGAACAAGCACUACGGGAAGUACUUCGAGCCCGAGGCUUAUUUCCCUGCCUGGGUGGUUGCCAAGAGGGGCAAGGAUUACAUCCUGAAGCACGUCCCCAACAUGCACAAGGACCAGUUUGCCCUGACAGCCUCAGAAGCCCAUCUCAAGUACAUCAAGGAGGCCGUCAGGCUGGACGACGUGGCCGUGCACUACUACAGGCUGUACAAGGACAAAAGGGAAGUGGAGGCCUCGCUGACUCUGGGGCUGACAACACGGGGCAUCCAGAUUUUCCAGAACCUGGAUGAGGAAAAGCAGCUGCUCUACGACUUCCCAUGGACAAACGUGGGGAAACUGGUGUUUGUGGGCAAGAAGUUCGAGAUCCUGCCGGACGGGCUGCCCUCGGCCCGGAAGCUCAUCUACUACACGGGCUGCCCGCUGCGCUCGCGCCACCUCCUGCAGCUGCUGAGCAGCAGCCACAGGCUCUACAUGAACCUGCAGCCCGUGCUGCGCCAGGUCCGCAGGCUGGAGGAGAACGAGGAGAAGAAGCAGUACCGGGAAUCCUACAUCAGCGACACGCUGGACCUGGACAUGGAGCAGCUGGAGAAGCGCUCGCGCGCCAGCGGCAGCAGCGCCGGCAGCAUCCGGCACAAGCGGCUGUCCCGGCACUCCACCGCCUCCCACAGCAGCUCCCACACCUCUGGCAUCGAGGCUGACCCCAAACCCCGGGAGACGGGCCCCGAGGAUGGGUUCUCCGGCGCCGGCGCCCACCGCAAGCUGAAGACCUGCAGCUCCAUGACCAGCCACGGCAGCUCCCACACCUCCGGCGUGGAGAGCGGCGGGAAGGAGCGGCUGGAGGAGGAUUCCCAGGAUGACGAAAUCGAGAUGCUGGUGGAUGACCCCCGGGAGCUGGAGCAGGCUGGGGAGAUGGAGGUGAGCCCCGACAUGUGCGUCUACAUCACCGAGGACAUGCUGCUGUCCCGCAAGUUCAACGGGCACUCGGGACUCAUCGUGAAGGAGAUCAGCUCCUCCACCUCCAGCUCCUCGGAGACGGUGGUGAAGCUGCGGGGGCAGAGCACCGACUCCUUACCCCAGACCACGUGCAGGAAACCCAAGACGUCGACGGACCGGCACAGCCUGAGCCUGGAUGACAUCCGGCUCUACCAGAAGGACUUCUUGCAGUUGGCCAACCUGUGCCAGGACACGGCGCAGAGCUUCACCUUCGGCUGCGCCCACGGCCUGGCCGAGGACGGGCUCUACUGCAACGGCUGCCUGGCCCAGCAGUGCAUCAACAUGCAGGACACCUUCCCGGUGAAAAGAACCAGCAAAUAUUUCUCCUUGGAUCUCACCCACGACGAAGUCCCCGAGUUCGUGGUCUGAGCGUGGGGAGGCUCCGACGCCGCCUUCCCCCCAGGCCUGCCCUGCUCCCUGCAGACCGUGGGAACCGUGGUGCUGGAUGAGGGCAGGACGGGGGUCCCCGGGUGGAUUCUGGAGGAGUUUGUGCCAAACCCAAGUUGUCUUGUUCCGCCUGGCCGGAGCGCAGCUCAGCUGGAGCCGGCAGGAGCCCACCGUUGUGUUUUCUCGUGGCCUCUCUCCCCCUCCUUGCCCCCAGGUGACUCUGGGGUGGCUGGAAAGUGCCAGACUGUCUGUUCAAGCCAAGCCAAAGAAAUGUAAAUAACCCUAAAGGCCAGUAUGGGAAGGGAGAAUUAAGCAAUAACCAGCCAGGGAUCUCCUCUGGGCAUGGUGAUGUUCCGUGGAGGAAAGCAUGGCCAGCAGCUCCUGGGGCAGAGCAUGAUCCCAGUUUUUCCAAAAACACGUGCUGGAGGUCAGGCCACAGCAGUUCCAGCUGGGUGGAUGUUGGCUGGAAGCUCUCAGAGCCAUUUGCAACUUGUUUUUAUAUUUUUCUCUUUUUUUUUUUUUUCUUUUUUUUUU